AUGUCAUUUGAAGCUGGCUCCGCAUAUAAUGAAAAGCUGAUCCCUAUCUUGAGAGGCGAUGCUCUCCCUAGCCCCCAUGAUCCUGUGGAGCACAUCACCUAUGAUCUCUGGAACAACAUGAGAGCCUGUGACCAUGAUCUGGCAAAUGAUGUCCUGGAACCUGUCUUCACUGUCAUGCGUGCUCAGACCGAUAAGGCACGCGUUGGGAUCAAAGACCUUGGUGCUUAUCUGGAAUAUCGUGAACGGGAUGUCGGCCAAGCUCUCCUCUCUGCCUUGAUGCGGUUUGUUAGGAAAUUGAACCUAAGCACGGAAGAGUCGGAGUUGAUAAGGGAUAUGGACAAAAACUGCUCCAAGCAUAUCUCAGUUAUAAAUGACAUCUUUAGCUGGGAGAAGGAGCUGAUGAAAUCCAUGGUAGGUCAUAAAGAAGGGUCUGUUCUUUGCUCCUCGGUACAGGUGAUGGCUGCUACAGCCAACAUAUCCAUCGACGCUGCCAAGCGAGUCCUUUGGAUGAUAUGUCGCGAAUGGGAGGCUUGCCAUGAGCAGAUGAUGCCCAGCAGACAGUGUAUUAGCCGCGACCUUGUCAUAUAUUGCAGUGGCCUGGAAAACCUAAUGAGCGGGAACGAGCUGUGGAGCAAAUCGACCAAGCGCUAUCACGAUCUGGGCACGCAAGCUGGAGGCCUGUGA